CUCGGUCCGACCCAGUGUGUGUGGUAGUGUGAUUGUGUUUGAAUGAGUGUGUGUGCUGACAGAAUCUGGCAGAGGGAAUAUUCAUCUUAUUGUUUUUUGUUUUUUUUUUGCUCUCGUUCGGAAUAAAUGAAAAACGUCAAUUUCAGGAUAUUUACAUAAACCAGCAAUGCCCUGUGUACAAACCCAGUAUGCAUCCCUGCCCCAUGACAACUACUUCAGCUCUGAGUUAUUGAAUCCUGACCUCAGUGCCACACUGGUGAUGGACUUCGGUGGCCAAAAGGACCAGCUGUCCACAUCUUCAUUGCCCAGCAUCAACACUUUGGUUGGAAAUGGCUACGUCGGGGAGUUUGAUGCAUAUUCCUGCAAGAUUACCACCCCUCCUCCUGCCUCUACGGUUUCAUUCAGCCACACAGCAGUAGCUGAAAGCGCCAGCCCUCAGAUGCAGAGCCAGACCUUGAAGCUGGAUGAUCUCCAGGUGUAUGGCUGCUACCCAGGAUCCUUUGCGCUCAACUGCUUUGAUGAAACACUGUCGUCAUGCAGCUCUGACUACUAUGGCAGCCCAGUCUAUACCACUGCUUCUCCUCCAACACCAAGCUUUCAGACUGAGUCUGCACCUGUCUGGGAUUCCCCUUUCAGCCCCUACCCCUCAGCCCCCCUGCCCUCUGUGGCUGACAAGGCUGCAGUAGCUCAGCAGCUCUCCUUUUUCACCUUCAACACUGCACCCGAGCAACACUCCCCCAUGGGGCAGCAGCACCAGGAUGCUCAGCUGAGCCAGGAUGACCAUUUCUUCCUGUCUCCUCAGCAGCAUGUCUCCCCACUUCACUGCCCCCCAGUUUCUCUGGAGCAUGGACCUCUAGAAAGCCCCAAGUUACUGGAGGGGGCCGUGAUGUCUCCUAAAAUGCCAAACCCAGGAUCCAGUGAGAGUCGCUGUGCAGUUUGUGGUGACAGUGCUUCCUGUCAGCACUAUGGAGUCCGCACCUGUGAGGGAUGCAAAGGUUUCUUCAAGCGAACUGUCCAGAAAAAUGCAAAGUACGUGUGCCUUGCCAAUAAAGACUGUCCAGUGGACAAGAGGAGGAGAAACCGCUGCCAGUUCUGUCGUUUCCAGAAAUGUCUUGCAGUGGGAAUGGUCAAAGAAGUUGUUCGCACGGACAGUCUCAAAGGUCGCAGAGGUCGUCUGCCUUCCAAACCCAAGAUCCCGGUUGAGGCUUCAUCCACAACCCCCAGUGUCAGCAUCAUAUCUUCUCUUGUCAGGGCUCAUUUGGACUCAAACCCAACCCUAGGAAAGCUCGACUAUUCCAAGUAUCAGGAGACAGUGGACAGCUCAAAAGAGAAGGAGGAUGCUGGUGAUAUCCAGCAGUUCUAUGAUCUAUUGACUGGUUCCUUGGAUGUGAUAAGGAAAUGGGCUCCAGCCAUCCCAGGAUUCACAGACUUCUGCAAAGAAGAUCAGGAGCUGCUUCUUGAAUCUGCCUUUGUUGAACUCUUCAUCCUCCGCCUGGCGUACAGGUCAGAUCCAGAGAAGAACAAGCUGAUCUUCUGCAAUGGCGUGGUCCUCCACCGACUGCAGUGCGCUCGCAGUUUUGGUGACUGGAUUGACUCAAUCAUGGAUUUCUCCCAGAACCUUCACCGGAUGAACUUAGACGUCUCCCUGUUUUCCUGCCUUGCAGCCCUCGUCAUCAUCACUGAUCGUCAUGGCCUCAAAGAGCCCAAACGGGUUGAGGACUUUCAAAGUCAUCUCAUCACUUGUCUAAGGGAACACGUGAGCGGAAAUGGAUCGGAACUGAGCCGGACGCAUCCCAACUAUCUUUCUCGCCUGCUGGGCAAACUGCCUGAACUGAGGACUCUGUGUACGCAGGGCCUGCAGCGCAUCUUCUACCUGAAACUGGAGGACCUGGUGCCUCCCCCGCCGAUAGUGGAGAAGAUCUUUAUGGAUACACUGCCAUUUUAAGGAAAACAUUGCAUUGUUUGUUAGAAUGAACAAUAGAGGUCGAAAGCACCAAAAGUGAAGUUCUAACACUGAACUCUACUUUUAAACCUCCUUCCAGCGCACUGAGGUGUGCUGACAAAAUUAAAGAGACCAUUAUUUUUUUAUUCUUAAGUACCUGUGUGAAUACUAUAAAAGAUUGAUAUUUCACAACACAGUUUAUAUAUAUGUAUUUUGUGUGCAUUUGUAAAAGUGACUUUUUUGCAGUGCUAUGUGUGAAUGUUGUCCUGCUAUGCAGUCUAUAACACAUGGAUAUCAUGGUAGAUGCCAUGCAGUGUUAAAUACUCAGAAACACACUAAUUUUUUUUUUAACGCAUGUUUUCAGAAUUGCUUGACAGUCCCACUUAGAGGCUGAGAUUGUAGAUUAUUGAGAGGGAAAGACAGGCAGUUGUGAAAAAGUCCCACUUUUCCACAAUGAAAUAUUUACUUACUACAUCUUUCUAUCACAAACUAUAGUCGCAGUACUAAAUGCGCUCAUGUGGAAGGUCCAGGACCAAAGUUUACCAAAGUUUUUUUAUUUUGAUACCAGUUACAAACCUUAUUGCCUUAAGCUAAAGAAAAUCUUCUGCCAUAGCGCUUCGCCUGCCAUUUUUCAGCACAUUGUAAAGGCUGAUGCAGGCGGCUCUCCUGUUAAACUGCAUGUUCCUGUAACGACAUGUUUCCGGGGAUUUUUCUUUUUUAUAUAAGAAUGAAAAUUGACUUACUGAGUGAAAAUGUAAAGUGCCUUUUAUAAAACCUCACUCCAUGAACCACAUUAAGUGAACUUUUAUUCCAAACAUCACACAUAGCGAGGCCUUUUUUUUAAUCACAGACAUGAGUCACUCACUGAAUUCAAUUUGAACUGAUUUGUGAAGCUUGCUAGUGUUAAUACAGUACGGCAAAGAGUGUCCAGUGUGUCACACUAUUAAACUGGAAGGUCGAGCUGUUUAAGAUCUGUAAAAUGAAAUUGUCACGUUAAUGAGGCACUGGAAACGAAGCCAUCCAGACUGAACGAGAUCGAGUUUAAACAUACGUCAGGGUUGGCUUCUAUUGACAACCCUUUGUGUGAUUUGUAUAAAUUAAUGCCAGAAAAUAAUUGAUAAUCCAAAUUCACAUGCAGACAUCAGCUGUUUUCUUGUUUUAGGCUUCAGAUACAUUACAUGUUGUGGACCUUGAUUCUGUGACGUGUCUUCCACAUUUUUUGAAAUUGUGAAGCUUGUUUUUUUUUUUUAUAUGUAUGUUGGAUUUAUAUUUUGGUUUCAAAAUGACCUAAAGAAACUUCUUAAGGAAUCACAGUGAACUGUGAUGUCGUGACGAGCAGCUACGGGCACUUCAAACAGUGUUCAAACAGUAUGAAAAGUACUUCUUCUUUAUGUGUUUGUGUGCGUGCAAAGUACUGCCGGGCCUUUUGUAAAAUGGUGCAAAAAAUAUCAAAAGGCAGAGAAUACUUGAUUAAAACAUUUGGAAAUCAACUCA